AUGUGGCCGCUCACUGGGCCCAGUGCUGAUGUGUGCAUGGCACAGAUGAAUCAGAGCUCGCUCCAGGGUUACAGGCUGUGCACAUCGCUCAUUUGUAUGAUCAACACACACACAGAGCCAGAGGGAAGGAAAAAGACACUAAUACCACUUUGGCACCAGCAAUCCCAACAUCUCGAGGAGGAGGAGGAGAGGGCUGCAGGAGCUGUGAAUGUGUGUGUGAACCACAGCUUUGCCAUUCAUAUGGAGAUGGAGGCCAGCAAAAAGAAGGCUUUGUGCGUCUGUGGGUGGUGGAAGGAUGCGGGCCUUGUCUGCAACAUCUAG